GUGCGGUGUGACUGUGUGGUGCAACACAGUCACACCACACACCACCACCACGCACAAAGCUUCCUAGCUUCAUCUCGAGGGCGGCCAUGGAGACGAUGGCGGCGAACGGCGGUGGGAAGGGCCGGGCGGCGGCGAGGUACGGGGACAGGGAGCAGCAGGGCGCGCGCCGCUUCCAGAUGCCGCUGCACUACCCGAGGUACACCAGGGCCAACUACGAGGCCAUGCCCGAGUGGCAGCUCGACCGCCUCCUCUCCGACUACGGCCUCCCCGUCCACGGCAGCGUCCACCAGAAGCGCAGCUUCGCCAUGGGCGCCUUCCUCUGGGGCGCCGGCAACUGAUCUGCCGACCGGCCGUACGUCUAAUCUUCUCCCUCGACCAUGGAGCAGACGAGCAGUGCUCAUGAAUCAUUCAUGAGGCAUGACUCAUCUACGAUGGACCUGAGAGAUAGUAUUAUCCGUAUACGCAUAGGUCGAAUAGCUAGCUAGCUACCAAGUGCUUGCUAUGACAUGGCAUAUAUAUGAGUAUAAUAUAUUGCUCUGUGUAUAGCUAGUUGUGUUUUAAAGCGCCGUAUAACAUUUGUGUGACCUAUC